UGAACGAAUCAUUUCCGGAAAUCCUUUAGUUUGGUUGAGCCGGCGUUGUGCGAGGCAAGCCUGUCCAGUUAUUGCAAUUUAUUAAAACCACCUCUAUCUCAAAAAUGUCUCACGAAGUACCAUCUAACAAACCCUCAAACCCUGAAAACCCCCGAGUAUUUUUGGAUGUAGACAUCGGUGGAGAACAAGCUGGUCGAAUUGUUCUGGAGCUGUUUGCUGACAUCACCCCCAAGACUGCAGAAAACUUCCGUGCUCUCUGCACUGGAGAGAAAGGAACGGGCAAAUCCACUGGGAAACCAUUACACUUCAAAGGAUGCCCCUUCCACAGAAUUAUCAAACAGUUCAUGAUUCAGGGAGGUGACUUCUCCAACCAGAAUGGUACCGGUGGUGAGAGCAUAUAUGGGGAUAAGUUUGAAGAUGAAAACUUUCACUACAAGCAUGACAAAAUGGGUUUGCUAAGCAUGGCCAACGCUGGGCCAAACACCAACGGUUCACAAUUCUUCAUCACCACUGUUCCUACACCUCACCUAGACGGAAAACACGUGGUCUUUGGACAAGUGUUGAAAGGGAUGGGGCUGGUAAAAAUACUGGAAGAAAUUGAAACCAAAGAUGACGCCCCUGUGAAGUCAUGUGUCAUAGCAGACUGUGGUGAGCACAAGGAUGGAGACAGCUGGGGCAUCGCACCCAACGAUGGAUCAGGGGACGUCCACCCUGACUUCCCUGAGGACUCUGACAUCGACUUCAAAGAUGUUGACAAAGUAUUGCCCAUCGCUGAGGAUUUGAAGAACAUUGGGAACACCCUGUUUAAGAAUCAAAACUGGACAGCUGCUGUCAACAAAUAUAGCAAAGCUCUCAGGUAUUUGGAGGCUGGUGGAGAACAGCUGGAAGAAGAGGCACAAGAGAAGCUAAAACCUACAGCCCUCAGCUGCUUCCUUAACACGGCAGCCUGCAAGCUGAAGAUGCAGCAGUGGCAGGAGACUGUGGACAGCUGUGAUGAGGCCCUGGAAGUGGAUCAAUCUAGCACUAAAGCACUUUUCCGUAGAGCCCAGGCCUGGCAGGGCUUAAAGGAAUACAGCAAAGCCAUGGCUGAUCUGAAGAAAGCUCAGGGAUUCACACCAGAAGACAAAGCUAUCAGUAACGAGAUGAAGAGAGUGCAGCUGAAAAUCCAGGAGGAGAAGGAGAAAGAGAAGAAGAUCUAUGCUAAAAUGUUUGCUUAAGUAUGUCACCUGACAAAAUUAAUUUCUUAUUUAUCAAUAAUGCAACAACAUGCCUGCAGGUAAUAAUGUGCACUGACUAUAUUUGAACAGUCUGUAUGUCAAUGAAAACAUGCAGUAAUUUUACUUGAUGUCUUCUGUCAGGGUUCCCUCUUGGGACUUCACUGUAUCGUGCUGAAGAAAUAAAAUGUGUUUUCAAUAGUCUUGGUUCUGACAAGGUUGUUCACUGUAAUGAGUACAUGGAGUUUUAGAGGCACAGACCACUGUCACUGUUCUUUCUGCAUGUUGGUUCAGUCAAGGCCUCAAUUCACACAUAGUCACAGUCUGUCCAUUUGUUUUAUUAUGCUUUGUACAAAGAUCAAUAAAUCAAAAUACAGCA